CCCCCCCCCCUCCCCUCCCCUAAUAUCUCACCUUUAUGUUCUUUAUAUCUCCAUCUUCCUCACUCAAGAUGGAAAAAGAUGAAAUCAUUUUAUUUGUUGGUCUCCACGCGGGGAUGACCUUGCAAGCAGCACUUUUUUUUUUUUUUCUCCCUCCCUCCAUAGUUCAUUUUUGCCGAAGACGCCCCCCUUGGGACUGAGCUAUCCACGAAGCAUGUAUGUGGACCUGGCCACAGCCACUUGUUAAUGGGGGGGGGGAAAUGUAGAAAUCUGACAAAAACAACGGCAGUAAAAACCGAAAGAAAUGCAAGGAGAAAAAGAAAACACCCAAUCGCUUCAGCAGCUGGGACCGACACAAGGUGCAAAAUCCCGACCUGGGACUGUCUCCCGUUGUCGUACCUGUUCCGUUUGGGAUAACCUCCGGGUUGGUGCUCCAGUAUUAUAAUGUUGUGAGCUUCUACAAUAGCAAUCAUGAACGAUGAUCUGUGAAAGAAAAUAAAAAUUCUCGCUCAUAACUGACUGUUUCUGAGGCAGACAAGAGCUGCUUGUCUUAUUAUAUCAGCAGAUAAGGAAAAGAAAAAUAUAUAUUUUAUGCAUGUGAAUUAAAAGUUAAAAAGGAAAAAAAAUAUGGUUGUAUGUUCUGCUGAAAUGUGAUGUCUGCAGAUAGGAGAGUUGGAGGAGAUCUUCACUUGUCCACUUUUUUUGUUACUCCUGUUGCUGUCUCCCCCCCCACCCCCACCCCCCUUAUGUUGUUGUGUUUCCUGUUGUUUUAAGAUCCCAGGAGCUCUUAGUUCAUCUGUCCUCCUCAACACUGUCCUCUUUGCACUGAAUAGUCAAUUCAAAAAAUUUGGGACGACUGAUCAACUAAUAGCUCUUCCUUUUGGUUUUUAUUUUUUUUUCUCAAUAAAGUUGCAAAAAAGCGAACAAAAUAAACGUGGUAACCUGGUGCAGUUUGUCUGAAAGACAUGUUAUUCUGAUCUUUUCUGUUGGAUCAACAAAAAGGGUACAUUUUUUGCUCUGGGAAACCAAUGACCUUUUUUUGUGAUUACAUUGGAUUGUUUCUUUUUAGAUGGUACAUAAUAUGUGUGCUGUUGAUUAUACCAGAUGGCAGUCUCUUACUGGACACUUCUAGUUCAUUAUAUGCUUACCCACAUCUUGUGGAGGUUUUCAAUAAAGAUCACUUUUUUUCCAUUCAAAAAUAGUGAGAUGGGUCUUCGGAGUGUUUUUGUAAGUGAUCGUUUGUGUUUUAACACCAAAAGUGGGUUCACUGCAUUUAGGUUAGAAACUAGAAAAAAAUAUUUUAAUUUUUUUUUUUUAUAGUUUUGGUGGGGGGAAAAUAACACCCAACAUGAUGGCAAUUAUGAUGGUUAAUGUCAGCCAUCUAACUUAACCAUAAAUGGCUUAACUUGGACCACGCUCCAAAACUGACUGUUUCGGUGAUCCACUACUGCUGAUUCCCUCCAGUAGAUAUGCUUUUGCCCAGCUGAUGUGAAUCAUAUUUUGUGUAUCUCAUGCGUGCUACUUUCUUGCGCAUAGCAGGUUCCUGUCUAUCUAGUACCGCACCUCACGCCAACUGAAGCAGCACGUGCAAAGAAUAGCAGCAGCUCUCUCUGCCCUGAAGGCUCUCAACAACUGCACAACUAUUCAUAGCCCUCCUAAUGAUAGCACCCCUCCUUCAAGAGGAAUGCCCCCCCCUCUCCCAAUGCCACCUCGUCUCUGUUACCCACCACCCGCCCUUAUUUCAAAGACCUGGCUGGGACGUGAGGAGAGCUCCAUACUGCCUGACACGGGGGCCCAGGUGUAGGUGAGGCAUGUGGAAGUGUGGCAAAGAACCAGACUGAGAAGCUUCACGUUGGUGUCAGUUGCUAUUCUGCGUUCCACCCUCAGGGUCAGGGGGAAGCUGUUGUGAGUUAUGACCAACUUUUGAGACUAAUUUGAAGCAGGUGGUUGGUCACUUUGGACAGAGACAUGGUUUAACCUCAAGCAGUUAGUUGAACACUCAACAAGGUUUUUGAUUAUAAGACUAUAAUUGCGGUAACAUUUGUAGUCAUUGAAAACCUAAUGAUAUCAGAAGAUAAGAUACAUUUUGGCUGAUUCACCUGACAGAUUUGCAAAUGGGAAAUCAUUUAAAAUAUAGAUAUAUUUUAAGGAAUCUGUCCCUAUCCCUAUUAAGACAUAAAUUAGGAUCUUUAGGAUUAUAAAUUCUACUCUUAUUUUGAAAUGUUUGUCUUGUUCGUCCUCCAUGUUUACACGAUCAUAUUAGCCUUGUUAAUCGUAGGGUAAAUAUAACCAAGAUAAAGCCUUUGUUUGAGUAAACGUCAAUUAGCGUGAGUCAGAUUUUUUUUCCAUUCAUGGUGCGUCUAUUUUCACACUAAGAUAUGUUUCAGUUAAAACCUCUCUGCUACGUCGCUAUAAAUUAGGUUAUCAAGUAGAGCUAAUACAAAAGUGAGAAGUCUGACGAGAUUCCCCCGUUUAGUAAGUUUCACUGGUAUGGGAGAUAUGAGGGUUGGCCACAAGAGGGCAGGUUUGCGAGAUUAUGUUGUGAAUGUUACAUGCUAGUUCAUUUCACGUUGCGUUACGUCACAGGGAAUUUCCAGUAAGGAAGUCAAGUUUUCUGUACAAACACCGCUCGAUCCUGACAUUAUCUAUUGUGUCAGGCACUUUGUGAAAUUCAUUAUACCUUCGCACGGAUUUGAUGCAUCUAGACCUCGGUGUUUUAGCUGUAAUCCAUCGGAAUUGUUGAUGCAAAUGACUUUGACAGACUCAUGCUGACGCGCUGUCCGAUUUGGCGAGCUUAGUGACUUUGCUGCGGCAUGGCGCAAUAAUUAGCCAAAGUAGAUUCUGAUUUUGAGUUUGGGUUGACUGCAACUUUUAUGUUGAUCCUGGAUAUAGGACUGUAACUCAGAAAGCGAAGUAUCAGUCUUGUCUGUGACAUGGAAUUCGUCGAUAAUGCAUCAGGUCAAAGCCAGUGAUGUCACCAAAAGAUCGCCAAGAUGAGGCACUAAAUUGACGUGUUGCUAUUAUUGCUAUUUUUGAAAGAAACCUUUAGUAUUGCAUCUCUACGUUUUUAGAAUCAUGGCCGAAGACGCUUCAUACCUUCAUCCACAGUUUUAUGACGCUUAUAGCUUAGAGCCCAGCUGGAUCGACCUAGAACCUCCUGUGAACCUCCCUAACAUGUCAUACUCCAACAGCCUGAGAAUAGUUGAUGGACCUUUCGUUCAGAUUGCAGAGCAACCUAAACAAAGGGGCUUCAGGUUUCGCUAUGGCUGUGAGGGCCCGUCUCACGGGGGCCUCCCAGGGGCCUCUAGUGAGAAGAACAGGAAGACGUACCCUCAAGUGAAGAUCUGUAAUUACCAGGGUCCGGCUCGUGUGGUCGUGCAGCUGGUCACCAACUCCAAGGACCCCCACCUGCACGCUCACAGCCUGGUGGGCAAGCAGUGUGAAAAGGGCAUCUGCAUCGCCGAGCUGCCACCCAAAGACAACACCAUGAGUUUUCCUAACUUGGGAAUCCUGCACGUGACCAAGAAAAAUGUGACCAAGGUCUUGGAGGAGCGGAUGACAGAGGCCUACCGGAUGGGCUACAACAACGGGGUGGUCAUCCACCCGGAUAUCGACGCGUGUCAGGGGGAGGUGCGCCUGCCCCGCGAACUCACAGAGCACCAGAAGAGCCUCGUUGCCACAGCAGCAACACACCAAUCUAAGGAGAUGGACCUGAGUGUGGUGCGCCUCAUGUUCACCGCCUUCCUGCCGGACAGCGACGGGGGGUUCUCACGCAGACUGGACCCGGUGGUGUCCGAGCCCAUCUACGACAGCAAAGCCCCUAACGCCUCUAACCUGAAGAUAGUGCGUAUGGACCGCACAGCGGGCUGUGUGACCGGAGGGGAGGAGGUCUACCUCCUGUGUGACAAAGUCCAGAAAGAUGACAUUCAGGUGCGCUUCUAUGAAGAGGGUGAGAAUGGCCUUACUUGGGAGGCAUUCGGUGACUUCUCACCUACUGACGUCCACAGACAGUUUGCUAUCGUCUUCAAGACCCCAAAGUACCGAGACUUGAACCUUCAGAAGCCAACCUCUGUAUUUGUUCAGCUGAAGAGGAAGUCCGACAACGAAACAAGUGAACCCAAGCCAUUCACCUACCACCCACAGAUCAUAGAUAAGGAGGAGGUCCAGAGGAAGAGGCAGAAGACGCUGCCUAAUUUCCAGGACUACAGCGGCCCGGGUGGAGCAGGGGGGAUGUACCGGGGCGGCGGAGGAGGAGGACCGGCCACAGGAGGGGGCCCCGGCACGGGAGGAGGAGGAGGAGGAGGAGGAGGUUCCUUUUACCACGGCUACUCCACCUUCCCGAACUACACCUCUGGCUACACAUUCUCCGCAGGCAUGGGGGGAGGUGGGACGAACAUCAAGCAUGGAGCCACUCGACCUCACCUGGAGGAGGAGGACGGCGAUAACGACUGCGAUGCAGGCGGUGAUGAAGAUGACGAAGGCGAUGAUGAUGACCCUGCCUCAGGGGGUGAAGUUCAGCCUGCUAGCCAGACAGAAAUGGGCAUCACAGGGGACACGAACAAGGCGCAAGGGGCUUCUGUAGAAGAGGGGGCGGAGGAGUCGCAGGCCGAGACGGACAGAAUGGACCUAGUGCGUCUGCUGGAGUCCCGAAUGGCAGACUUGGCCGAGAGGCACGCGUUUGCUCUGUUCCAGUACGCCGUCUCUGGAGACCCGUGCUCGUUGCUGGCUCUUCAGCGCCCCCUUAUGACCGCUCAGGACGAGGACGGAGACACUGGGCUUCAUCUUAGUGUAAUCCACAGUCAGACAGACUCAGUCAGGAGUUUGACUCAAGUCAUCAGUGCCCUUCCAGGAGAGGACGUGGUCAACAUGAGGAAUGAUCUCUACCAGACCCCCUUGCAUCUGGCAGUGAUCACGCAGCAGAGGGAAGCUGUGGAUGCCCUCCUGGUGGCCGGGGCCGACGCUAGCCUCACCGAUCGCCACGGAAACACGGCCCUGCACCUGGCUGCCCAGCAGAGGGAAGGGGACAUGGUGGCCCAGAUGCUGCGGCACCACGAGGUGGCAGAGCUGGCGGACGUGCCCAACUCCAUGGGCCUGUGUGCUCUCCACCUGGCUGUGCUGGCCAACAGCCUGCAUGCGGUGCGGUCGCUCCUGGAGGUUGGGGCCAGCGCUGAAGUGCAGGAGCUCAGCAGUGGACGCACGCCGCUUCACCUGGCCGUGGAACAGCAGAACAUCUCGCUCAGCGGCUGCCUGCUACUGGAGGGCAAUGCUGACGCAGACUCCUGCACUUACAACGGCUCCACUCCCCUCCACAUCGCAGCUGGCCGCGGCUCCGUCCGUCUCAGCGCGCUCCUAAUGGCCGCAGGCGCAGACCCUCAUAAGGAAAACUUUGAGCCGGUCUACUUCAGGGAAGACGAGGGUACAGUUGAGCAGGCCAGGGAUGAUGAGGACGACGAAGGCUUCAUCCCUGGUACCACUCCCCUGGACAUGGCCGCCUCCUCAGAAGUGCGAGAAAUACUGAGUGGGAAGGAGUACCAGCCAGAUAGUAGGCCGAUCCCCGUCCUGACGCAAGGAGACAUGAGGAGCCUAGGCCCUGAGGUGAAGACUGCUCUGUGUGAAGCUCUGGAGGAGCACCAGGGCGGCUGGGAGAGCCUGGCUCACUCGCUGGGGCUGGGCGUCCUCACCACCGCAUUCAGACUCAGCCCCUCCCCCGCGGGCACUCUGCUGGACAGUUACGAGGUGUCAGGGGGCACCGUUCACGAGCUGCUGGAGAGCCUGAGGGAGGUGGGCAACUGCAGUGCCCUGAGCGUGCUCCAACACCACCGCCCGCAGCCUUCUCCUUCCCCCACAGAGGCAACGCACAUCAUGGGGCUGUCUGAGGACCUGCUGGGCCUGAAGCUGGCCGGACCCGAGGAGGGCGGCGUGUGCGACAGCGGGGUGGAGACCUCCUUCCAUAGGACCAGCCUCAGCCUGAACGAGUCCCUGGGCAGCCGCCUGGAGCUGCCUGAAGCCGCCCAGCAGGCCGUGGCCUAGAGCCAGGGCCCCAAACCAAGCCACUGGACCCACCAUCCCACCCACCAUCACCCCCUUGAGCUCGACGCCACCGCUGCCACCACCACCGCCGCCAGCCAGCCAGCUAGCCGAACAGCCGGCCGGCCACCAGCCUCAGUGCAACAGGCCCGACGGGACGCGCUGAUGAAUGGUGACCCUCUGGUUGAUGAAUGGUCCUGGGUCAGACCACACUGAAACACUCCACUCCAACUCAGCCCAGUUGGUUGGCAUGUAUUAUUGGAUGCCCAUGACAUCCCACCCCUCCCAACCCAAAUAUAAUAUGUUCAUAUAAUAGCUUGCCAAGGUCCUUACGGACAGAGGCUACUUUGACAGACACUUCUUUGGAGUUGUGUAUGCACCAUUAUAAUCUCUUCGUUGCUUUGUUAUGAAAACAUUUGUCCUCUUUCUCUUAGUUUUAUUUUCUCUUUUCUCUUUUCUCUUCUGGUGAGGGGGGAACCCCACUUAUUUCCUGUAUACCAACUGAUGACUAAGCUAUGUUUUUUUUUCUUUUUUUUCUUAUUGACUCUAUUUGAAUUUCUAGAAAGUCUCAACCCAGGGGUCUGUCUAGGAAACGCCUCCUUUCAAAUCAUGGCUGACAUUUAUGGCCAGUGGCCUGUCGUAGUAAUUGCGCCCUUGUUGAGUGAUACAUCAAGGUCAUGUCUAAAGCUUCUGCACUUCUGUGGCUUCCGAAACUAAAUAUGGUCGCGUCUGCUCUCCAGAGGGCUACUUUCUAGAAAUGUUUUUUUUUUUUUUUUUCGACUUGGCAAGGCAUCUGUUGCCUUCCUCACUGAGGGCACCAAAGUCUCCCAUUAGCAUUUUCGACUCUAGAUGUUUCUCAUCCCAGAUGGCUGCUGAGGCUGAACCGGCUCUGGCACGGAUCCGGCACAGAUCCGCUCAAGGACCGGCUGUCUUCUGAGUGGUUAACGCACAGGUCGACGACUUCCGGCUGAACUAGAAAUAGAUGCGUGCGGUGUUGUUGAUGACGAUGUCAGAGAGGACGGAGAAAUGACAACGGGAGCAGGAUAUCAUUAUUGUUAGUUAUAUGGCGACGGAGUUUUAAUUUUUUUUUUCAUUGUUUUGUUUAUUUGUUUGUUUUUCCUGCCAGCCGCUUAUUCCCGCCUCUGUAUGACACAUUUUCAUAAGCUGUGAGUUUGGGGGUGGGGUGUCGGUCUAUACAAAUACUUUCUGUAUUUGAAAUGAAGAGGCUUGAACUAGGUGCUGGAACUGAUCUCAUCCGCUGUGUCAAUCGUGAUGAUUGACUGAAGCAUAUCCAGUCAGUCAUAACAGACUGAUUGACUGACUGAUAAAUGAUAUAUGCCUUUUUCCAUGCCUAUAGUGGGGCUUCCGGGAGGGGAUGCGACGGGGACGGUGCUGUUAUUCCACUUGUCAGAUCAUUAAAACCUGUGUUUAUUUUGUUUUACUUUAAUUUCAUUUUUUUUUUAAUUGCUCCAUAUGUUUCAUUCCCUGUGGACGUGGUCUCCGAAGGGCUAUGUUUUUUUUUUUUUUUAAGCACUCCAAUCCAGAGUUAACAUCGGCCGCAACGAAACACUUUCAUCCCUCUGGCUUUCUGAGUUUUCAGAUGUCUAUUUGUAUACGACAUCCAAGCAUUGUAAAGUUAUUUUAUAGAGUUUUGUGUAUUGUGUGUUUUGUUUGAGAGCAACAGAACCAAUUGAUGAACCAAACCAAAGGUUUGAUAGGCACUGUGUUGUUUGUUAGGGUAGUAUUUAUGUCUGUACCCUGUGUAACAGUGUUGUACAGAGGAAAAAAAGUCUGCUUUUUAAUUGGUUUUAUUGUUAUACUUUUUUUAUAAUAAAAAUGCUAAUUGCA